AUGAAAAAACUUGGGGUAAUUCUUGUAUAUAUAAUUUUUUACUCGCAUUUAAAAGCAAACACACUUAGUAUAAACUAUAAAAGUUCUUUACCUCUAUUCAUAAUAACUGAAAAUAAAGACAAUAAACAGAAUAUAAAAAGAAAAAAAAAACUACAAAAUUUUAAAACCUAUUUGUGGGGAUACCCUAUAUAUGACGACUCACCUUUUAAAUUGAGAAGACAAAAGGUAUACCCAAAUUUUGAAUAUGGGGAAUUGAGAAAAUCGCAAGAUUUUGAUUAUGUUAUAAGUACAAACAUUGGUCAGAAGAAUUAUAAAAUCCACGAUGUAGGCUAUUUAUACACAGUUGAUGAAAUGGGGACAGGAAAAACGGAUGAUGUUCACACACCUAUUGAAAUGGUAUUUGGUCAAAAGGAUAUUGACAUGAAUGAAGUAGAAAAAAUAAAGAAGGUCCUGAACACUUUUGACCAAGGAAAUGGAAUGGGAAUAUGCACAUUAAUGGGUGCAAAAAGAGGUCAUUUUGCCUUUAAAUAUAACGGAUAUUUGUGUCACUUUCAUGGGAUUAAGAAUUAUUUAAGAUUUUUAAUUAACAGACAUUACCCAGGUGCAAAAGUAACUUUAAUUAGUGAGCAUUGGAUAGAUCCAAUAGACAUGCCCGUAUGUCUCAGGCAUAGCAAUAUUCCUUUUACUAAAAUUGGAUACCAAAGAAGAUUAAUUCAUGGUAAGUAUGACUAUAUAUAUGAGAACGACAAGAACAAAAGAAUAUAUAAAGGUGAAAAUAAAAGCAACGUAUGGGCUUUUUAUAACGACCCACAAAUGUUAACGUGA